GUAUAUAUAUAUAUAUAUAAUAUAUAUAUAAAUAUGUAUGUAUCUAUUUGCACCGGUUUAGGUAUGUUAUAGCAUCUAAGGCAUUUUUAGCACCCCGCAAUGAAUUUGCAAUGGUUCAGGGAAUAUGUUAUGGUACACCUUUUAAAAUUGUACAUUUCAUUUAUAUUUCUUUCCACCAAAUUUAGUAACACUACACAAUAGCACACAAUAACUAUUUCAAUAAAUUUGAAUAUUUCUAUUUAAUUGUUUUCUUUUUUUUUACUUGUAAUUCUGAGUUUUACGGAUUAUGCUUAUAUAGAGUUAUCACAAACGAUUGAAAGCUUUCUAAGCGCUUGUUUAUUGCAAAAAAUAAAAUGGAUGAGCAUAGUAAAUUUAGUAAUUCAUUUUGAAAAACGGAAAUAAAUAAUAAAAAUGCUCCAAAUGAUAUGAAAGAAUAUAAAUAAAAUAAGCAACAUUUGUGUGCUAAAAUUUAACAUACACACGCAAGUCAGUCAUUUAUGUAUAUGCUAAAAGAAUCACCCAAAUAUAAUAAGAAAAAAAUUAAGCUAACAAAUAAUUGCGUAGAUUGAACAUAUAGCCACGCUGAAUAGCAAACAAAAAAAAAACCAUAAACAAUAAACAGUACUGGUAAAUUUGGUAAAUUUAAUACAUAUAUACAAGUAAAUAAAUGUGGGUUGGGACAGUGAAAAUUUAUAAAAAUUCAAUAAAAAUGUAAUACUACAAAUGAAAUUCAAUUGAAAAAUGUUAAAUAAUUAGAUUAUUAGGUAGAAAAAAUGUGUUGAUCGAAACAAUAUAAAUUAAUAACAUUGAAAGCUAAAUGAGAAAAUCGCAAACUAAUGUCAUUGCCGCUUUCUAUGUUGUUUGACAAUUAUCUAAAAAAAAAAAACGUGAAAAAACUGAAACUUAAGAAAAUUUGCGCGCCGAAAUGUAUGCCACGUGCUCAAACACAAAGCAUUGCAAAAACACAAAAAUAUCGCACGAAUAUUUUUUACUACUGAUUGCCUGUAAGUAAUACGAUUCCACAUUUUCAGAAUUUAUAAAAUUUCGAAAUACUCUACAUAUUUCACUACUAUCUUGUUUCAGAUGAAUUCAACAUUGUAACUCAGAUUUUGCGAAACACUUUAUUAAGCAUAUUCAGUGAAAAAAUAAGAAAUUCAGUAAAUUGAUGUACUUCGAAAUAGCAUAUUUGUUUGGGCAUCAGAAUUCACACACAAUUUUAGCGAACAGUUUUACAAACUCCGCCCUGUUUCUAUACGAUAACAUAUCGCGUCAAUAUUAUUAAAUGCCUACAGAAAUAAAUUUAUACAAAGGUACCUUACAUUAGCGAUAGGAACAUAUUUAACUGCGUCUAUCGAUACUCGGUGGUUACCUUAAAUAACGGUGAAAAUUGUAAAGACAGUUAGUAUUACUUCUCGAAAAUAUUACAAUGUUGCGUAUAAGUUGCAUAAGCGCGUACCUUAUCGGUUAUGUCAGAAAAAAAAAAAUUAGAAGUGCCCAAAAGAUAUAUGUAUUGUAUAUGCUCGUGCUCUAUUUGGGCAUGAAACAUUGUAUUUGCAGUAAUAUUUCAUUUUCAAUAUAAUUACGUAUUUAAUUUUUUUAUUUCUUUUUUUUUUUAACACAGUAAUGCGCAUUUGUGAAAAAUUACAAACAAAAUUUUUAGCAGAAACAAAUCAUUCACUCAUACAAAUAAUUUAUAUGACAUUUAUAUUUGUACUGCUCUGCAAUGAAACUAUAAAAAAAAAAAUUGAAAUUGGGCACAGAAAGUUACUGGCAAAUCAGAAUUUAAGUAUAUGUGAAAAAAAUAUAAAACUCUCAAAUAACUAAACAAAUCUUGCUGUUUACAUAAAUUCUGUUAUUUAUAUGCAUACAUAUUAAUAACUAACUAAGUCUGAGUUCAGACGUGAAAACUUUUGUUGCUCGUCAUCGGCAAAUUCUGUUUUGUAUUACGCAUUGCAUUCAGACGAGCAGCUCGAAUCCGGAAAACUUGAGGCAUACAAUAUUCUGCACCCCCUUUCAUAUAAUACACUCAAAUUCUUGUACGCUUCAUUUAAGCGGUACAUAAAAAUAUAUUUCAUUAGCUAAUUUUUAUCAUUAUAUACCAUUUUCAAAAAUAUGUUUAUCAUAUUAUGAAAAUUUGUAUACAUAUGUAUUUGCAUAUUACGUACAGAGAAUAUAUGAUAAAUUCAAAGUUCUAAACAUAUUGUAAAUAUUCAUUUGAAACCGAGCACAAUUGCAAUCUUGGCCUGAAUUUCAAAAUGAAAAAGAAUGUCAAAUUGCAUAGCAGUGAACUUACGAACAAGCAUACAGAGCGUGUUGUCCGAGCCCUUGCAACUCGGUGCUAUUUGUCUCUCCUCAUCGCCCCACGUCUUCAAACUACGAGUCUCGGCAACAAGAGUCUCCUCGUAUGAACCAGUUCUAACAUAUUACAUACAUAUUUACUAUAACUAUAAGCACAAUCAUGUGCAAAUAAUUGUAAAAGUCAUUUACUUUUCUAUCACCAAAGCAGCAUUAUAAAAUUUUCAUGUACCUUUGCUAACUGAAACAAAGAAACAAUUAAGAAAUAUAUAGAAAACUCGAACUAUCCACUACUAUGAGUAAAUACAAUGCAACAAAUUAAACUUAAAAACAAUAAGGGCAAUGUAGAAAAAAGUAUAAAUAAAGAACAUAUAACGUAGCAACGUAACUUAGCCAACUGAGAAAAUAUAUAAUAAAAAAAACGUAAUAAUAAAUUUACACAUACACAGAUACAGACAAACAUGUAUUUAAAGCAACCAACUACACCGAUACAUUAAACGCGUAUUCAAUACGAGCAAAAACAAAAAUAACAAACUGAAACAUAAUACAAAAACUAGGCAAAUAAAAUUUACGUAAAUAAUACAAAAACAUGAAAAAAACAUUUAUUUAAAGCAAAGUAAACAGUAUUCUAUCUAAAUGGGGCAAUGCAACGUAAAACACUUAAUUAUUUUCACAAAUAUCGUAACAUUUCGCAAAAAAACUUAAUAUAAUUUUAAAUUUUCUAAUUUUAAAUGUGUUUAUUAUAAUAAAAAUAUUUUUUUUUCGUUGAUUGGUGCUCAACUAAACCACAAUAUGUUUACUUUUUAAGAAAUUCACCCAGUCAUCCAACAUUCUUCCGCUUUUGCUGUGUGAAACAAUUUAUUAUUAAUGUAUAUAAUAUUCAGUAACCUCGACACGACAUACAUACAUACAAACUUGUAUUUUAACACAAUGAAUUUUUGUAUAACUUAGCUAAUUUGCAUUGCCCCAAAAAGCUUGAUUAUAGGAAUACUUAUUGAAGGCAUACUUACACAUUUAUAAAACAUAUAGUAAAAUUAUUGUAUGUGCAGUAUGACAAGCAAAAUAUAAAUAUAAUUAUAAAGUUAAUGUUAAAUUAAAAUAGUCGAAAGUCAACAGUUGGUACGUAUGUAAAAAAACUUAAAUGCAAAAAAACCAUAUGCAGAGAGACACGUAAGACAAACAUAAUAAUUAACAAAAGCUGAAUUAUAACAUGAAUAUUAUGAAAAUGACUACAAAUAAAACAUAUAACAAUAAAAAUACAUACAUAUGUACUUUGUGUAUUCUUGUGAGGAAAAGGGGCGUUCUUAACUUAGGGGAAGAAGUUAAUUAUCGCUAUUAUUGCCAUUACAUCAUCAAAUUAAGAUGCGCUUUAAAAGGCCAUUGAAAAUUUCACUCCUUUUCUUCCAGCAGUUUUUGUACGCCAUACAAAUGUAAAGACUUUUUGUUAACGAAAUUAUAAAAAUAUCAAAAUUUUAUAAAUACACUAAUCGUUAUUUAAACCGAAACAGUGAUGCACAGUUUUUUUUUUUUGCUCUAGCAUAAAUAAACAUUUAGAAAAAAAAAACAAAGACGUUGCCUAAUUAUAGGCUAGUAGUAAUAUUAUUACUCUGAAUAAACAUUGAUUUUAAAUAAUAAAAAUAAUAAAAUUAUUAACGGUUAGCUUGAUACGUCAAAAUGUUCCAUGCUUCCAAACUGUACGAAAAUUGACCCUGCAAGUUAACUAUCGGUUAAAUCAUACAUUAAUAGCCCGAGAGCGCUAUCAGAGAUUUCUUUAAAAGUUAUAUUGGUUUCAGAAGACCGAAUGGACAAAACUAACCGAAACCCUUCUAUAUAUGAGAUCGCUCAUUUUCUUUUAUGGUUAAUGAUUUGCAACAUGGUUUGACGAAAAUUGUUUCAAUGUGUGUUGUAGUUUCCGGCAUCCUUCACUUACUAGGAAUAUUUUACGUUCCAAAGUUGUAUCGCCUGAAACAAAUUCCAAUCAGCUGUUUAGGCGUACAGCUGUCAAAACAAGUACUAUACGGUCAUCAGACCAUUAUCAGUGUAAUUGGUCAAUUUUGACAAUUGAGUAAGCAACAUUUACAAAAUAAAUUGUUUUCGUCUUCAUCAAAGGAAUAUUCGUUCAUAAAAGCCGAAAAAUAAAUCAAAAUGAAGAAAAAAGUGCUGCUCAUGGGCAAAAGCGGCUCAGGCAAAACCAGCAUGCGUUCCAUUAUAUUUGCAAACUACAUAGCUCGAGAUACGACGCGUUUGGGUGCGACCAUUGACGUUGAGCACUCUCAUGUGCGCUUUCUGGGCAACCUGGUACUCAAUUUAUGGGAUUGUGGCGGCCAGGAGGGCUUCAUGCAGCAAUACUUUGCAUCACAGAGGGAUAACAUUUUCCGAAAUGUUGAAGUCCUCAUAUAUGUAUUUGAUGUAGAGAGUCGUAACUUGGAACUAGAUGUUCACUACUAUCAAUCAUGUUUGGAAGCAUUGUUACAGAAUUCACCGGAAGCAAAAAUAUUUUGUUUGAUACAUAAAAUGGAUUUAGUCGCUGAAGAACAACGAGAAUCAUUGUUCAAAGAGCGCGAAGAGGAUCUUAUUAAGCUAUCCAAACCGGGAAAUGUUACCUGCUUCCGUACCAGUAUAUGGGAUGAAACAUUAUACAGAGCUUGGUCCAGUAUCGUUACCAUGCUUAUACCCAAUGUGGCCGUACUGGAGAACUCUCUAACCCACUUCGCCAAUGUUAUUGAGGCCGAUGAAGUGUUACUUUUCGAGAAGGCCACUUUCCUGGUUAUAUCACAUUGUCAGAGCAAAAAGAACCGUGACUCGCAUCGUUUUGAAAAAGUCUCCAAUAUAAUAAAACAAUUUAAAUUAAGUUGUUCAAAAUUGGGCGCCAAAUUUCAAUCGAUGGAGGUACGUAACAGCGCCUUUGCUGCUUUCAUAGAUACCUUUACCAGCAAUACAUAUGUGAUGGUUGUCAUGUCUGAUCCAACAAUACCUUCCGAAGCGACUUUGGUUAACAUACGUAAUGCGCGCAAAUCUUUUGAAGAAUUAGAGAACCCAAAUAGCAACGCCAUGAAUCAUCAUCAAUAUCACUGAUAUAGGAUGUAGGUGCACUGCACUGUUAAGGAGAGGAUUUGAAAUUGGGGCUAACAAGAAACAUUGUUUGAAAUUUAGAUUUGUAAACAUUUAUAAGGAAGCCUGAUUCGUAUUGGAGCUUAAAUUUAGUGUAUAGAAUUGGAUAGAGUUGUACAUAAAAUAAAUAUGCGAAAGUUGUUGAAGAAUAUUAAAAUGAUUUGCUUUGAAAAUAAAUUAUGCAUAAGGUAAAAUGUUUAUACAUACAUACAUAUAUAGAACUACAUACAAUAUUUUCUUACAUUGAAAACAGAAUUUAAGCUCCAAGACUCAUGACGGUGAUUAAAUAGUUCUUUUUAAAAACCAUCAAAAUUUUAGGAAAGCUCGGCUCAUUUCGUUCUCUCGAUUUUCAAUACAUAAUUUUUUAUAGUUAUUAAUUGUUGCUUAUUGAAAUUUAAUAAAAAUUUGAACGCUUUAUUAUAUAUAUUUAAAGUUUACAGUACAGAAAUGUCUUUAUACAUACAUACAUAUAUGCCACAUAUUUUUAUAGUUACAAUAAUGGUGUGCAAAGCUAUUACAAUAUGCUAUCUUUACAUUAUUAUAAGCGAAUAAUAAAUCAUUUUUACAACUA